AUGGAAGCAAUUGUAUUGUCUAUCAUAAAAGAACUUAAAUUAAAUGAUGAUCUAAUAACAAAUAUUUAUAAUUAUGGUUCAUGGGUUUAUGGUACUAAUCAUGAAAAAUCAGAUCGGGAUUUUCUUAUUAUAAUGAAAACUGACAAUGAAAAUAAACGAAAACGUUUAAAGUUUUGGAGGGAUUUUGAUUAUUUUCAUUCAUUUGAAUUAAGACGAGUAAAUAAUUGUGAUGUAACAAUUCAUUCAUGUGAAAAUUUUGAAUUAUUAUUAGAAAAAAAUUAUAUGUUAGCUGUAGAAUGUCUGUUUUAUCCAAAUGAAUUUAUUUUAAGAAAUAAUAUUGAUUAUAAAACAAUCUAUUUAUCAAAAUAUUAUGAUCCAUUAAGAUUAAAACACGUCAUAUUUUAUGAAAACAAUGAUAGUUUUAAAUAUGUCAUUGAUAAUGAUGAAUAUGAUUUCAUUCGUUCUCAAUCAAAGUCAAAAACCAAUCCAACCAUUGAUCAAUUUUUAUGUGAUGCUGUUCAUACGACAACUAUAGAUGAAGAUCGACUACUUAAGUAUUUAUUUCAUGGUCUAAGAUAUUUAGAUAUUGGUGAACAAUUAAUUCGAACAAAAUCAAUACAUGAUUUUAAACGUGUAUCAUAUGUACUAUUUGAAAUGAAAGAUAUCUAUAUAAAUAAUAAUAAAGACAUUGAUUUCGUUAUUGAUUAUAUUAAAACAAAAAAUGAUGAAUAUAAAGCAAUAAUUAAUGAACUAUUACCGACAAAUAUUAUUCAUGGUACAUUUGAAGUUCAUAUUACUGUUGAAAAUCAUAACAUGGAAGAAUUUCUAAAUAUCUGUAAAAUAAAUAAUCUAAAGCCUAUUUAUAUUCAUUUAUUUAAUGGUAAUAAUCGUAAACAAUUAAUGACAUCAUCAUAUCAUGUUGGAACAUAUCCUAAUAUUAUUGAACAAAUUAAAAAAUUAGUCGAUAUACAAUUUAGAAAUUUUAAUAUCAUAAGAUUAAAAAUCGAAUCACCAGCGUUA